UUUUGCAUUCGUCGUUUGACCGAGUGCACACUGAUCAGUAUUAUGAUCAGUAUUAUUUAUGUCGGUAAUCAUUUUAACUCUAAUUCUGUGUUACAUCCUGCAUUUACUUAGAUAAUCAUAUCAGUAUUGUACAAAUCUGUAUUACAAUAAAACUAUAGAGAGAAUUAUGUAGUAGAAGAUUUUUAUUUUUCGAUUUCCGACACAUUUAUCAAAAUGUGUAUACACUAGUUGCUCGGUAAAUUCAACGCAUCUAGGUGUGGUUUGAAUGUCGUCGAAAGCUUGAAUUAUACUUAAAACUUCAGUGUGAAUGAAAACGAGAAAAUGGGUCUAUUUCUUUGUUAUAUAUUUUAUUUCCAAGAUUUCUUUACCAUGUAGAGAGUGGGGUAUAUGACGUAGAAAGAGUGGCCGGAACCAAGAUGACCACUGUCCCUCAUCUAUGAAAAUGAAAACAUUCAAUGAUUUUUUUUUUUAGAAGGCGUUUUAUUUUUAUAUCGAUUACAGUAUACAUCGAAAUACUGGUUAAAGAAUACAGAUACACACCUGUCAUGUGUUGUUGGUAAAUGUACAGUCACAUGAAACCUUACCCUUGGACAUUAGACACGCUCACUCGAAACUGCGUAGUUUUUCAGAUUUUUGUUGACUUUUGAAUCUAAGUCAAUACGACUGUCUACCUGCGGAAUACCCCUAGUCCCGCUUACUAACUCCGUGGCCUCAAUUCAGCAAGAACUGCGAUGUCCUGAUUUGAAUUGCAGAACUGGGAAGACACCUGCCAACAGUUUGAUGAUUUUGUGUUUGAAGACGCUGGAUGAAGGCAAACCCAGAAUGCAUACUUUAUUUCAGACCUUGUAUCACAAUGUACAUAAUUUAGUAUUUUUAAACAUUCGUUAUAGUUUAAAUUCCGGGACAUGUAUUAGAUAAACAUGGGUCAAUACAGUUGCUAUCAAAAUUUAAGCACUUCAAGUUUUGUUUUCCCACCACAAUGUGAACGAUUUGUCUAUUUUAUAUGUUGAAGACAAAGAAAUUACUUUGAAAAGGGGUAAUCCUUGAAUCUAUAUCAUGAUUAGUUUUGUUCGAAACACGCGAUAUGGUUGGCGGAGCAACAUGCUUAAUUUUUCAAUAACAUAACUUGCGUGUCAUCAUUCAUGCUUAGGGUUUUAUUCAAAAAUUCAACCUAAAGGUACAAUAUUGAAAGCGUAUUUUAUCGAGUGAUAAAUCAAAAGGAAUGAAUUUGAUAGCGGAGUAUGUUAACGGCUUUUAACAUAGCUUGCUGUAGAUUAUUGCUUCGCAUUUUAUGUUAUAACUAAAGAACAUACUUUGCAAUAAGAUGAAAUCCUUUGAAAAACACAAAACAUGGUAAAGAACGGCACCCAUAUCCAAACAAACCGAGGGUGUGGGGGGAUCCAAACAAACCGAGGGGGUGUGGGGGGAUCCAAACAAACCGAGGGGGUGUGUGGAUUUGUACGUAUGUUGUGCUGUCGUAGUCCACAACCAUUACGUGUUUCGGUCUGUGUCAGACUCGCAGAAAAGGGACCUACAUUUCCAAUGAGGAGAAGAUCCACUUUUACCAUGGAAUGAAAAUCCGGUACAUUGGAAGAGAAGAUGACAUCACAUGUACAGACUGGGUGGGGAAAAGAAGAUUCAGCUGUUGACACGGUGAAUCAAAUAAUAAAUAUAUACGGCAAAAUAUCAGAUGUGUUGACAUCAAACACGUGUGUGAGAGGAAUUGGGAAUGUUCCAAUUUCUAACACACACAAAGCUAUUUUGCAUUACAACAUUUCUAUACACAUUGAAAACAAGUUUCUUAAAAGCCGUGUUCUAGAACGUUUAAUAAGAAAAUACUUUUUUUUAAUUUGGAUAGCAAUUUUUGGCUUUAGUCUGUAUAGUCUUUAUAGAUAAAGUUCCAGAUUGAUCCGGAUGUUUUGGAGCAUAUAUAAAGGGUACACCUACCUAAUCUGCACAUUGACGAUUGCAGCACAGAUCCGUUUUUCACAAGAAAGAUCCUGUAACACAACAGAUAUGAAUUCCUCCGACAUAGAAGCUUUUCAAACUAACGCCCGAGUUUUCUCUGGUGGUAUGGAUAAAGUACAGGUGAUUGACUACUACAACACCUGGGAUGGUUAUGAGCUGGACCUACAGCCUGGACGCUACAAUGGACCGGCCUACACUGCUGAAGCCGUGGACCGAAGCUUCCCCAACAACAAAGAUAAGAUCCGGAUCUUAGACGUGGCCGCAGGCACCGGCCUGGUGGGGGACGAGUUGGUCACGCGAGGUUUCAGAGAAGUCCAUGCUUUGGACCCCAGUGAAAGCAUGCUCAUGAAAGCAAAGAAAAAGAAUAUAUACAAGAAGUUUUACUGCGAGUUUGUGAAUCCGGAACCAUCACCAAACAUCGAUAAUGAUGCAUACCACUGUGUCGUCUGCUGCGGUGGAUUCGGAAGCGGCCAUAUACCUUCAGGCGCCCUUAAAGAAUUAAUACGAAUAACAAAACCAGGCGGCAUGGUGAUUAUUGUGAUGAGAGAGGAAUACUUGAACAUUCCCGAGUAUUGCGACAGCCUGGAACCGAUGAUGAAACAGUAUCAGAACGAGGGGCUGUGGAUAUGUGUGGAGAGAUCUGUGGUCCAUAAAUAUUUCUGUGACAAACAUGGGGUCAUUUUCCGAUUCAGGGUUCUCCAUCGCCAUUUAUAGUUAAACUUCUGAACAUCGUCGUACUGCAGAAACACUGGUGGUAUUGGUUUUAAUCAAUCACCCAUUAAUUAACUUAAUUAUGGUACUUAAUCACCAUUACCUCCAUGCUUUCUGUGACCAGCAUACCAUUUAUCACUAUGUGAUUUUCCGCUUUCGGGCUGAUAUACCAUGACAUGAACUUUCUUUGAUCUCGAUCCACGAGAGCUAGUCUUUCUGGGGUGAUGUAAAUGUACAUUGUAUAUUGAAAAUUGUAUAUUUGUCGUAUGUACAUGAGUUUGUCAUACAAUUGUCGUGUUUUGACAGUUGUUUGAACAUUUGCAUUGUUGUGUAUAAUAAAAAUUCGAAGUGCAAUAAAA